CCAACUAGGCUCAGGACACGAGCACAUUUCAGACCCGAGACGAUGGUUUCUUAAGCACGGCCCCGAAUCCCUUCCUGCCCCUUCGUCCGGAGCCCGGGACCCCGAGAAGGGCUCGCGGGCGGCUUCUGGUCCCCGCUCCAGCUCUGGCCGCCGCUCCGCGGGGCACCUCUCCCGCAGACAAGGGCGCUCGGGCGAUGUGGCCUCAGGGCAGCGAGCGGGAUGGCAGGGCUCCUGGUGCAGUCCCGGCCUAGCAUGGCCCGCCCGUCGUCAGUCGCCUGCGGCUAGGAUGGCCCCCUCGGGCCCCGCCGGUGCCCAGCCAGGCCCGGCUGAGCCACUGUCGCGCAGCAUCUUCAGGAAGUUCUUGCUGAUGCUCUGCUCGCUACUCACUUCCCUCUAUGUCUUCUACUGCCUGGCCGAGCGCUGCCAGCCCGGGUCAGGCCCCGUCGCGGGGGUCCCAGGGAGCGGCGUCUCUGCAGGACCGAGGGAGCUGGCGGCGUGGCCGGCGGGGGCGCAAAGGAAGCGCCUCCUGCAGCUGCGGCAACGGCGGAGACGCGGGCGGCCCGGGCCAGGAGACAGCGGCGACCAGGUUGAGCAGAGCCCUGGGCUGACCGCGGCUCCAGGAGGCUCCGGGGCGGGAAGCAGCGUGGCGGAGGCUCAGUCCGGGACCCUGGCCCUACUCCUGGACGAGGGUAGCAAGCAGCUGCCGCAGGCCAUCAUCAUCGGCGUGAAGAAGGGCGGCACGAGGGCGCUGCUGGAGUUCCUGCGCGUGCACCCCGACGUGCGCGCCGUGGGCGCCGAGCCUCACUUCUUCGACCGCAGCUACCACAAGGGCCUCGCCUGGUACCGGGACCUGAUGCCCAGAACCCUGGAGGGACAGAUCACCAUGGAGAAGACGCCUAGCUACUUCGUGACCCGGGAGGCACCAGCGCGCAUCUCGGCAAUGUCCAAGGACACCAAGCUCAUUGUGGUGGUGCGCGACCCGGUGACCAGGGCCAUCUCGGACUACACGCAGACGCUGUCCAAGCGGCCGGACAUCCCCAGCUUCGAGAGCCUGACUUUCCGCAACCGCAGCGCGGGCCUCAUCGACACGUCCUGGAGCGCCAUCCAGAUCGGCCUGUAUGCCAAGCAUCUGGAGCCCUGGCUGCGCCACUUCCCGCUGGGCCAGAUGCUCUUCGUGAGCGGGGAGCGGCUGGUCAGCGACCCAGCUGGGGAGCUGCGUCGCGUGCAGGAUUUCCUGGGCCUCAAGCGCAUCAUCACCGACAAGCACUUCUACUUCAACCAGACCAAGGGCUUCCCGUGCCUCAAGAAGGCGGAGGGUAGUGGCAAGCCGCACUGCCUGGGCAAGACCAAGGGUCGUGCGCACCCCGCCAUUGCGCGCGAGGUGCUGCGGCAGCUGCGUGACUUUUACAGGCCCUUCAACCGCAAGUUCUACCAGAUGACCGGCCGCGACUUCGGCUGGGAUGGAUAGCAGAUAUAAUUU